CCUGCCUCUCUGGCACCUGACAGAGCAGCUGCGCCGCUCACCGCUCACCGCUCACCGCUGCAGCCAAGCCUGGGCACCCUGAGGGCGCCCUCUGCUCCCCACCUCAGCCUCCUCCCCAAGCUUCUGCCCGCCGCUCCUCCAGGGACGCAGCCGGGAUUACAGUGUCAGGAGCACCAUGACCGAGGUCGGGUGGUGGAAGCUGACCUUCCUGCGGAAAAAGAAAUCGACGCCUAAGGUGCUGUAUGAGAUGCCAGAGACCUACGCCCAGACGGAGGGCGGUGUGGAGCCCCCGAGGCCAGGCGCCGGAGGCCCGGACGGCGACUUCAGCACGCGGCUGGAGAAGAUUGUGGACAAGAACAUGAAAGGCAAGCACGUGAAGGUCUCCAACUCAGGCCGCUUCAAGGAGAAGAAAGUGCGGGCCAUGCUGGCCGAGAACCCCGGCCUCUUUGACAACCGGGAAGACAAGGGACAGUGAGGGGGACCCGGGGGGACGCUUGGGCCUCCUGCUCCCUGCCCUCAGCAGGGUCUAGACAGGGGCUCGCUACGCUGGCCUCUUGGUCAUAGUGGAAGCCAAGGGGACAUUCUGCCUGCUGCCAGGAAGUGUCACUUUUUAGGGUUGUAUUUGUGCCCCCAGCUCUGUAUAAGCACAGGGAUCCCGGGCUCUUCCCACUGUCCCCUGACCAUGACAUGAAGGCCCUCCAGGUCCAGGAUGGUGACCGCCAUCCGCAGCAAGGUGGCCGGGCCAUGGGAAGGUGGGCACAGUGGGCAGUGGAGAGAGGGGACCCAACCACACUCCACCUUCUCCUGGGCGUGGGCAAGGGUGAGCCUGAAGGCUGCCACCUCUACUCCUUCCGCCAACCCCCGGAGAACAUGUCUGCCGCAGCCACGUGACUGGCCACAGGCGGUUUCCUUGGUUCCAGAGCAGAGGUGUUGAACUUGAGCUCACAUCUUAACGCAAGUGGUAACUUCCUGGAACUCUGUACCCAAGUGGAGGGCCAGAGGGCCCAGGAGCGCUGGGUUGUGCUGGUUUGAGUCAUACAUCUCAACGGUCAGCCACACUGGCCAGGAGUCCAAACUGGGGUCACUCUGGCAGGAGCUCAAAGCAGCCAGUUUUCUUUUCUCCCUUCCCCCAUAGUAUUUAAGAUGGAUCAGCCCCAGAUGAACUCUGGAGCCUUGAAUUUUCUUUAAAAAGUAACUGUGGGUUUCUUUGUAAUAACAAAGCUGCAAAAGCGGAGAACGCAUGUAUACUCACAUUGCA